GACGCUGCUUGCUUCUUGGCUUGACUCUCAUUUCCGCACGUCUUUCUCUGCCAUUCGACUGGCUCAUUCUCUCAUAAAGUGACAUCGCGAACUCUGAGCACGGCCGUGCACAAUGAGCAGAUAAUCAUCAUUUCCCCUGGUCCGAAGGCUGGGGGAGACCUUUGCUGUUUCGACCAAAACCCAUCCUUUCGACAGUCCAGUUGGCAUAUACGCCAUCCGGGCCUUUGAAUUACAGAAAUUCCAAGUACGGCUUGCGUGGUAUAGCGCGCUAUUGCCUAACCAUUCAGAAAGUCAUCGGCAUUCGAACAUUCGCAGAGAUCAUUCGGCAGAGAAUAUACACGAGGUGGCUACCAGCGGUACAACCCAAUAGCGACCUUGAUAUUUGCUGUCUGCUAGUGCGGCUUUGAGCAGGAAGAAGAGCAGCGCAACAUAAUUCCCACCGUUACUCAUUCAUCAGCAUCCACCAUAUUCCAUAACACCACAUCCCAUCAUGUCCUUAUCACGUCGCCAGUCCAUCGCACCCCCCAGUCCUCUAUCUCCAUCCAGCAUUACGAGGCCUAAUUCUUCAGCCGGUCAAAGCACGUUUGGCCAUACUAGAGCUAGUCUCAGUAGUGAUGCGUCAAGUAUUGCCGCAGGUGCUAAAGAAACUCCAAAUACUCUAGAAAAUAGGAACGUCAAAGUUGUGUUGCGUAUCCGACCGUCCGAUCCAGAUGACCCCUCCAUUCCUCCUCGGUUCCGAUCGGUCCUCGUUCACCCCACUUCAAAGUCUGAUAUCCGGGUAGAUGUCGACCCAGCUGCUCUCACUGGCCACGGGCCUAGCAUCAGUACUGGUGGCAAGAAGUACUCUUCAUUCAGCUUCGAUUAUGUUCUGGGAGAAAGUGCUCAACAAACGGAUCUUUACCAAUGUACGGCUGGAGAAAGCGUUGACGAGUUUAUGAAGGGUCACAACGUCACCUUUCUAGCCUAUGGCCAGACCAGUUCCGGCAAGUCAUACUCUAUGGGAACAACCGGUGACAACAUUGAUUAUUCUGGUACUGAAUUUACUCCUCGCACUGGGCUUAUCCCCCGAACUGUGCAAAGCAUUUUUGAACGAGCAGAAGAUAACAAACAAAAGUCAGGGCCAGGCGCCUCAUGGGAAGCGCGACUGAGUUUUCUUGAGCUGUAUAACGAAGAGAUCAUAGAUCUCCUAUCCGGUGCAGGCAUAUCCAUUUCCAUCCGAGAGGAACGAGACGGCAGAAUAGUCUGGUCGGGCGUGAGAGAAGUCAAGGUCAAAUCAUUAUCUGAAGUGAUGAAGCUGCUUCAGGAAGGAUCUACUAGGAGGAAAACAGGAGAAACAACCAUGAAUGCCACGAGCUCUAGAAGUCAUGCUAUCUUCUCAAUAACAUUGGUUCAGAAGAGGCCUUCCAAUGCCCUGUCUGCCUUAUCUGCUUUAGGUAGCGAGACGCCUACCAGGCAACUUCGUCGCCCUUCGUCUAUGAUCGGCUUCCCUGCGUCGGGUCCUCGCUCACCCACUCUUCCUCAUUCUCGAAGUGGUCCACCUAGCAGCUUCAGCCGUAUGACCCCCUCCCGACCUCAAUCUGCUAUCAAUCCAUCAGCCUCCACGGAGGAAUUUGUGGUGAUAACAAGUAAAUUCAAUAUGGUAGAUCUGGCUGGUUCAGAACGUCUCAAACGGACCGCUGCACAGGGUGACCGUAUGAAGGAAGGCAUUUCAAUUAACAGUGGUCUUCUGGCACUUGGUAACGUUAUUUCAACGUUAUCUGAUCCCGUCAAAUCUCGUGGCCAUAUUCCUUACCGGGAUUCAAAACUCACACGUAUGCUUCAAGACUCUAUUGGUGGGAAUGCCCUCACCACCAUGAUCGCUUGUAUCUCUCCCAUUGAAGCCAAUAUUGGCGAGACCCUCAACACAAUCAAGUAUGCUUCUCGUGCCCGAAAUAUUCGUAAUUCAGCCAAGGUGAACCAGGUUGAAGCCGGGUGGGAUGACGUAGAAUAUCUCCAAAACGCUGUCCUCAAGUUGAGAAAGCAAGUAAUAGCGUUGGAAGCAGAAGGGAAGGAGAGUAGAGUGUCAGAAGACGGUCUAAAACGAAGCGAAAAGUUGACUCGGAGGCUGGCUGAGUUACAGAAAGAGCAUACUGAACUGUACGACCGUUAUCUGGCAAAAUGCAGUGAGAACAUGCGUCUUUCAAGUGAGCUAAAGAGCCGUGGCCCUGGCGAUGGGGAUGCUCUCACCAAAUUUAAUGAGACGGUCGAACCUGUCAUUUUGGAAUACGAGAAGGUCGUUUCUGCUCUGAAUCAACAGCUGGAGGAACUGCGCGGGGAAAUUGCCCUUAUGAACGAGAUGUCUGAAGAGCGGAGUCGACUUUUGCAAGACGCCCAGGAAAGGCAACUGCAAAGCGAAACAUACCUUGCUGAACUCCGAAUGAGGAUGGUGAAACUUGCGGACCGGAACGCUUCGAGUGAAGCUUAUAUCCAAGACCUCGAAGCAAAGCUGAAAACUUAUGCCGACAAGGAGGAUACACACAUUCUCGUUGCCACUGAGCUAAAGAAGGAAAUUGCCAAACUUCGAGAAAGUGGCACAACUUCAGCAAAAAACGUUUCAGAGCUUGAAGCACGGUUGACGACGUCUGAGGCUUUGCGCGAAAAUCUUGCAACUCAGGUAGAGAAAUAUGAGCGGGAUGCGGCUAUUCAUGAGAAGGCUUUUCGUGAAUUAGAGGCUCACAUCGCCCAUCUUGAAGCAGCAGAUCACAACAAGCGUUUAUUGGAGGAGUUGGCUCAGAAGAACAGCAAAAUCACGGAGCUUGAAGAUCAGCUGAAAGCGAAAGGCCAAUCCCAUUUUGAACAGAAGGAAAAGGAACUGUCCGAGACCGUUGAGGAUGAACAAUCCACACAAAAGGGACUGGACUCGAAAUUCGCAUUGUCGGAAAUUCCAUCGGGUUCCAAUACCGGACCUGUCGCGCCGCCAUGCGAGCGAGCUGAUGCGUCGGCUUUAGCUGUAGGCAUUGAUGGUCCUAAAACAAUAUUAGAUAAGGAAAUGCCUCCCAGCCAGGCGGAUCGAGAGAGCAGUCAACUUGAACAACUCAAAAAAGAGUUGAAAGAACUAUCGGCAAAAUACUCAGAGUCUGAAACUCGCAUUGCUGAUCUCACAGCCAAAAUUUCAGAGGCCAGCCUUGUUCAAGGCGUGACGGACGACAUGGUCAAAGUAUCUCAGACGACGACAGAAGAACUGUCGCAAACACAUAACCAGGAUGAGGACGGAGUAGGAAGGAAGGGCAUGGCUGUAUCUCGUGCCGAAUCCAACUCAAGCUUGGACUCGGAUGAGGAACAAACCUCAAUGAGAAGGGCGUCUUUACCUUUAUUGAGCAGAUCCAAUAUUUCUGUGAAGCAGGGUUUUCGAGGAGGGAGGGGAUAUUUAGUUUCCAAAGGGAACAGGCCGCAAUCGCUCUCGCAGGAGCUAUUCUCUGCGCAAUCGUUGGCUACAUCGCCGUGCGCCAUGUGGAGUCAGCCAGUUACUAAGUCUCUCUUGUCGUCACCGACGGUGCAAGUCAGGCCGUCUUCACGAUCAUCUCAAUCUCUGGAAACAGAAUUAAGAUUUGUACAUCGUGUCAUUGACGAGCGGGACAAAGAACUAAGAGACAGAGAAGCCUAUAUCCUACAACUGGAGAAACAGUUGGAAAUUGCAGUCGCGCAUGAUAUCCUCUCCCGUAAAACCAGCGCAAAAAUAAAUGUGGAGGCAGACAUGCCACAAACACCAGUGACAUCGGGCAUACAGGUAUAUCCCAGGGAUGUCCCCUUACCACCGAGCCCGCAAGCUCAUUUUAUACCGGUAAUGUCAGUUGAUAUGGUGCAUAUAUCAGAAGAGGACGGUGAGAGCAGUGAAACGUCGAAAGGUCGAGAUUAUGAAUCAUCAUCAGUAGGAGUGUCGCCUAGAAGUGUGGAAAGGUUUAAAGAGGUGGCGGAUUCGACAAAUCAGUGCAAAAAUGGCGACGCAAAAGUUGCACAGCAGUUUAGAAUUGAAAAGUUGAUAAAAGAUAUGGCGGAGAAGGAAGCGUCGCAGAGAAGAAUCAUUGAGCAGCAAUUCAUUCAGAUAGCUGACUUGCAAAAGACGAUUAAGAAGCUAAAGGAAAAACUAAUGGAGGGUGACCCUUACGUGGUCGAUAUCGGGAGCCUUUGGGAAGAACGUGACGUUUUGAUUGUCGAGAAGGCCAAGCAAUCGUGCCCUAUCCCGUCUUCUGCGUCUUUUCCUCACAGCAAGGAGUCAUUCGCCUCUGACGCUUUUGCGCUUGACCGUUUGCGCGAUGAACAUGCGGCAGAGCUUGAAGCCUUGAUGGCUGGUCAUUCGCAAACGACUGAUAUGUCACAGUUGGAGUUUACAAAACGGUUGGAAACAUGCCAGAAAGAGAUUGAGGACAAUCAGAUCACUAUCAACACGCUGAGGGCGAGAAUUGAAAGCGUGGAGCGUGAGCAUCGCUUGUCGUUGACGAAAUGGGACCAGGCUUCAAAAUCAAAGGACAUUGCGCACCAUGACGAGCUCGAGUCUCUCAAGACGAUGCACAGCGAGGUGGUUGCGUCCCUCGAGGCUGCGCAUACCCAAGCGUUGGAGACGCUACAGGCUGAGCAAGAUUUUGUUUCGCGAGAAAUGGAAUCAUCGCUGUCUGAGAAUGAGGAGCAACGACGACAGCUCAAGAUGAAGGCGGACGAAGCGUUGUUUGAGCUUUCGCGCGUUCGGGAUGAACGCGCCGUUGAACGAUACAAUGACGCAAGACAGAUAUCCGAGCUUUCAGAAAACAAUGCACGACUUGAGAAUAUCAAGGUUGAGCUUGAAAAUGCAAAUGCAGAGCUGAUGGCGACUUGCGCCGAGCUGACAAGAAAAAAGACGAGCGAGUUGGAGCAAAAGUCUGGUCGCAAGGCUGUCGUACGCCCGCCUCAGGGGCCGCCACCGACUGUCCCUUUACCGCCCACCCCGCAAGGCUCUUUUGCUGUCAACGGUGCGGUCCAUGCUGAUGAUGUUCGCGGGAGUAUCAAACUGACCGUGUCGUCGGAACAAGAACAAGGAGGAGCAAAGAGGCAAAGCGAGUCAUCUGAGAUGCUGAAUGAGGCGGGGGCACAGGCUGUAUAUGAUGCCGCUGUGGCUGAGAGGGACGGGUUGGAGAGCGAGAUGGAGAGAGAAAGGGAAAAGAUUAAAGAGAUUGAGGCCAAGCUUGAAGACGAAAAAGUCAAGGUAAAUAAUCUAGCUCUUGACCUUCGAGCAUCUCAAAAGAUGGCGAACAACCUCCGUGUUCACCUUGAUGAAGCGAGGCAAGAGACGAAGCGCAGUACGGCAGCAUGUAGAGAACAUGUGGCGGAACUGGAGGCGAGGCGUGAGCAAAUGGGCAAAAUCAGCCAAGACCAGCGAUCUCAACGGGAUUCAUUGCAGGCCGCGCAAGCCCAGGUGGCUAGCCUGAAAAUGCAGCUGGAAAGAGCGGUUGAUAACAAGGUUGGGAAGAAGGGGUUGAGGUGUUUUUAGAUAAAGAGCUGAUCAUCGCUGGCCGGGUUGACGUUUAUUUUUUGCGUUUGUCAAGAGUUGAUUCCUGUAGACCAAGUUACAUAGACAUUCUCUAGUUGCAACGUAAGAUGCAAUGCAUAUACCAU